ACAUGAUAUCAUUUAAAGAUCAGCUGUCACAUGUAAUAUUCUCUCAUUGCAAGUAUUCUCUCAAAGCAGGACACGGUGCUGAUAUUAAAUAUGAUUUUGCUGCACUGGAAAAGCAUAUCCUUCAUCGAUUUGUUAGAGGGAAACCAAUGAUAACUUCUGAUAUUUCUAUGGAAGUGGUGUAUCGUACUGAUGUUUUAGAUGCUGUCAACUUCCGACAAAUACGAAAAAGCAUACCACAAGAAAGCUUGCCUCAAAGAGAAAAGACUGUCAUUCUUAAUGACCUUCAAAAGACUCAAAGGGUCCAGCAAUGUAUUGAUACUGUUAACGUGGCUUUAGGGUUUCUCAGGUACUCAAGAAUUAGCUCACAACUCCUCAUGAAACGCUUCAUGCUAAGUCUCAAGAUGGAAGGAAAAUUGCCUAAAUCAGUGGAAGAUCGAUGUGAACUUUGUCAUGCUAUCUCACUGUGGCGUUUACUCAAUGUAGAGCAAGCUAAACAGAUUACUAAUGGGAAGGAGGAUCCAUUCCCUAAUAUUAGCCAAGUUUUUAAAGAACAUUUAGAUGACAAACAAGAGGAAGUGUUACACAUGGCACUGGGCACUUAUGAUAUGGACCAGUUCCUGGAAGUAAUAUAUGAAUUCAUUGUGACACAAGUUAAAAACAGAAAAGACUAUGAAGCAGAUGAUGAGUUAAAUGAGGCUUACAUUGAUGUUUGUGACUCCUUUGAUUUGGAGAAGAUUCCAAGUUUUGCUGAGAAGUUUCCGAAAGAGUUUUCCUUGAAGCAUGUCACUGAGAUAUGGAAAUAUGCUGUUAAAUACCAGCAAGAGCAAAUUGCUAAACAGCAAAACUAAAAGUUUAGUAGUUAGUACUUAAAUAGAUCUAGUUCAAUAUUUUUUUAGAAUAAUUAUCAUUAAUUAUUGCUUAUUAGCUAUUUUUGUGUAAUGCUUACAAACAUAAUUUUUGCUACCCAUAAAGCUACUUUUUCAGUUAAUAAAACAA